AUUGGCUAUUAUAGAUGGCAAUUCUACAGAUGCUGAAAAUAUUCUUUAUUUGCUCAACAAUUUACAUCCAGCUAUAAAUUUCACUCUAGAAACCGAGUCCAACAAGUCUAUAAAUUUUCUAGACCUUACUUUAACUAGGAUGGACAGUAAAUUAAUUUUUUCAGUCUUUAGAAAACCUACUCAGACUGACCAUACCAUCCCUAGAUCUUCUAACCAUCCCUUUCAACAGAAGAUGGCUUCCUUUUAUUGCUACAUCCAUCGUUUACUUAGUCUACCAUUAUCAGAUACUAAUUUCAAUUCAGAAUUAGAUAUUAUCAAACAACUUGCAUAUAGUAAUGGUUACUCCCCUACUUUAGUUGAUAACAUCCUCAACAAAUUAAGGAGUAAAAGGAAUAGAUCCCUAGCUUACAAUCCUGUUCUUAAUAAUUCCACUACAGCAGUUAUGUAUAGAUCAAUAUCAUACAUAGGUUAUCCUUCAGAUAAUAUAGCCAAAAUCCUAAAUAACAUCCCCAACCUUAAACUAUCAUUCAAAUGUAAGGAAAAUAUCAAAUCUAUUUUUUCUCACACCAAAGAUAAAAUUGGAAAAACAUCAAAAAGUGGUAUAUACAAAUUGUCCUGUGGAGACUGCCCUGUUACCUAUGUGGGGAGAACUAUGCGACCUUUGGAAACACGCAUCAAAGAACAUUUGUCUAAGAUUGACAAAUCUAGUUUUGGCAAUCACUUACAUGCUUCUAAACAUAACUUCAGUCCCCAAAGAGAUAGUAGGAUUCUACAUAGUAUACCCAUUAACAACUAUACAAAAAUGAAUUUAUUAGAAGACUUAGAAAUUAGCAGGGAAUUAAAAAGAAAUCCUCAAAAUUGUGUUAACACCCAGGUUCAAUUAAAUUGUAAAUUUGAUCCAAUCUUUAAGAAGUUUCUUUAAUACUGUUAUAUUCAGCAUGCCCAACAAUUGCUCUAGUUUUUUGAACAUUACUUUAUAACAUAUUUGAAUUUUCUUUCAUUGAUUACAAUUAAAUUAAAUAUUUUCGAUUUGGCUUUUUUAAUAAUAAUAUUGUUUUCAAACAGUUUUGGAACUCUGAGCUUGUCCAACGGUGCUUCUCCUUGGUUUUCAUCUAUCUCACUUCUAUAUUUGGUCAGAACUGACUGGUUGUUUGGUUUUUUUAAUAAUUAAUAAUACUUUGAUAAUUUGAUUAUUUUCACAUUUAACUUUAAUUUAAACUUAACAAUUGUCAUUUAAAUUUAACUUUAGUUUUUCAUAUUAACUUUAACGUCAUACCAAUUAGUUAACUACAUAUGACAACUUAGUCAUUUUCAAAAAUUUUAAAUAAUUUUAAUAACACAGAUGUCGCUAGGAACUAUUGUUUCCGUCAGCAGGCUGUCGUUUUGAAUAUUGUCAGUAACAGCUGUUCUUUGUACGAAUGGUGGCCAUUUUGUUAAAAAAAACACAUUAAAUGUGAUUUUUAACAUUUAAGGGUUUUUUACCCUAACCAGUGGUUAUAUCCCUGGGUUAAUUUUUAAAAUAUAGAAUGUGUUUGUUCGAAGUUUUCUCUUCUUUUGAGGUUUUUACACCUAUAAGACGAUAGCUCUGAUGAUGGCAUUAAUAUGCUGAAAGUACUUAGCUGAUUUAAUAAAUUAAUUUACACACUAUCAGUCUUUUGAAAACAUACACCAGUUCCCGU